AAAUCGCUGAUGAGUAGUUUACUCGCUCUCCAGACCCCCCUGAGGGACCAUUUUGUUUGCUUUCAGGUUGAAGAUGCAGGCAGGACAGCACAGCACGGCCCCAGCCACCCCCGAGGCUGUGUGUGACAGGGGUCCCGGGGCUUGUGCACAUGCACGGAGGGCCUGCUGUCCGUGCAGCUGAAAGUUUCCGCCCCCAUCAGCCCUGCCUGCGUGCCGGAUGCUCACUAGCUCACUACACCGAAGUGGCCGAGUGGAGCUGCACCUUUAACACCGCCGCCGGCCGACAGAACCGCGCAUGACGCUCAUCAGCCAAAGAUCUAAACUCACACCAGGGUAGACAUGUUCUCCAAAGGCACCAAGCGCAAGUUUUCCAGCGAUGACGACGAUAUGUUGGAUGAGAACCUGGCCGGUGCCAAGGUGUCCUCCUCGUACAGUCUGCAGCGCCAGUCUUUACUGGACAUGUCCCUCAUCAAGCUGCAGCUCUGCCACAUGUUAGUGGAGCCCAACCUGUGCCGCUCUGUGCUCAUUGCCAACACGGUGCGGCAGAUCCAGGAGGAGAUGACUCACGACGGCAGCUGGGUGGUCACUGAGACCUUCUGCGGCGGGACCCAGGGCCCCUCCGAGCGCCUGGUGGCCACCGAGGUACUCUGCCGGUCAAGAGAGCAGGAAGCCGAGCCAAAGCUCUUCUCAGUUAUCAGUUACGAAGGAAUCAGCCGUGAGGAGGAGGUGGUGGCAGACGAGACGCUAUGUUCGGUCUCGGUGCACGACUCCGCCUCUGACGUGUGUCUCUCUGAGACUUCGAGUCGUUGCUGGGACACGACCAAGGACUCCCGGGAAAGCUCCAGGCUUGGUCCAGGAGACGACGAGGAUGAUGACGAGGAUGAAGACGACGAACAGGAAAGUUCCUCCAGGGAGGAUCCAAAGGCAAUCGGGCAAGUUUUCGGGACAUUUGAGAUCAAGAACGGUGCCUCAGGUCCAGACUCGGCUCUGGAGGAAUUGUUUUCAGACGUGGACGCAUCGUAUUACGACCUCGACACCAUGCUCACAGGCAUUCAGAACACGGCGCCUAAGAUGGGUCCAUACGACCUGCUGGACAGUUUGAGUCCCUCUCACACACCCACGUCUAUAAACUCACCGUCAAACUGCCGCUCUGAUCUUAACGAACUGGACCACAUCAUGGAGAUCAUUGUCGGCUCUUAGACGCGACUCGGCUCUGAGACUAGUGCGCCUUUUUUUUUUUUCUUCCUCCCUUCUCUUUCUACCUGUCGUGGAAGUUCAGUCUGCAGUCCUUUCAGGGAAAGGAGUGUGUCUCUUCUCAAGAAUGGCCUUGAUUUUAUGAACUGACCGGUUAUCUGAUCUUAUUUGCAUACCCUUUGUAUGAUCCUUUUUUUUUUUUUCUAUUUGUUUGGAAUUUUUUUUAUUUAUUUAUUUCUUGCGUCCAUUAACACUACGUACAGGAUGGAGAGCAGAACCAGAUAUUUACAAAAUGAAAGAUAUUUUCAUAAAGAUGAAAUUGCCUAACUGUAAAAUUAUAUAUUUUUACAAUAGAUACUGCUUGAGAAGUGUUACAGUGCACUCGUUAUCAGUUUCCAACAUUACGAUUUUAAACGGACCAGUUAUCAAGGUCAUGUUGUGACUUUUUUUUUUUUCAUUCCUUUCAGGAUUCAGAAAUGGCAGUAAGAAUACAACGAUGCAUGAUUUUUUUUUUUUUUUUUUUUAAAGCACACUCUUUGGUGCAUUUUGGCACCCGGCGUAUUUCUCCCAUCAGUAUCUGGGCAAAUUGUCAGCCUGUGUUUUUAAUAUUAGAAGUCAUCGCAUUCUUGUAUUUGUUUAAUUGACAAAUGAAGAAUAAUGGGGCCGCCCCAUUCUAUAUAGUGACUUUUAAUUUAUUUUUAUUUAUUUGUUGCAAACUUUACAUGUUGAGUGUUGGCUUUGGUCAAACUCAGGGCAGUAGAGACUUCACGGGCCGGAUUCGCCCCAAAUCCCUCAACCAGUACUUCAUUAUUAUUAUAAUAAUUUAAAGCCUUUUAUAAAUUUGCUAGUUUAAAUCUUUGAUAUGUGCAAAAAGCAGUUGUGAUGCAUUAUGUCUACGUUUUCUGAUGCACAUCUACAGAUCUAAAGAUACCAUAAUGAAUUCAGUCGUAGCUUUUUAUUUUCGGCUGCUUUUCAUCCUCUGAUCAGGUCGAUAAAUCCUGAUGUCGUGUUUUGCAGCCUCGUGAUGAGCUGUACACCUUCUCUGAUCCUAUGCAUUGAGUGUCGCAGUACACUUCCUAUGCACAAAGUGUUGGAGCACAUUUUAAAGGACAGUAUUGACUUUGUAUUUUUGACCGUCAGAAAGAGGACAGGGUUUAACGAUUGUCUUCCUGUUAAAGAAACUUCAGUUCAGUCAGUAAUUCUGAAACUAAUUCUUAUGGUGAAGAAAACAAAACAGUGACAGUACAUUAAUGUGAGUGGAUGUAAUUCCUCUCUGCUUUACGUCAGUUUCGUUUUUAAGUAUGAUAUAAAUCUAGAGUAGAACAUAUAAACAUUUUAUAUGUGCAU